GAUGACAUCAUGGGAUUUUGCAAUCCAGUACAAAUGUAUAUAAACAGACUAAUGCUGCUGCUGGACACACAGUUGUCUACUCUAGAUCUUGGUCAGAGAGGUUCCACAACCAUCAAUAUGGACAACAAGUGUGCUGUCAUCAUGUGCGUUCUCCUGCUCUCUACUCCUCUUAUACAAGGGUUUGCCAUUGCUCAUGGAAAUCGCUGCAUGUGUAAAAAGUUAGCCAAUAAGGUGAAUGUUAUGGCCCUGGCUCAACUGGAAGUUUAUCCAAGCAACUCUCUGUGUGAAAAAACUGAAUAUAUUGUCACAUUGAAAAGCUCCGGUGUUAAAAUAUGUGUCAAUCCUGACCUGAAAGAAAUAAAAGCUCUGCUCAGUGGAAAAAAACAGUCUCUGAAACACAUCCCAGUGAUGAGUCACACAAGUGACUAUACAAGCUGAGGAAUAUGAAAACAAUGAAAAGCAAGGCGCUAACACAAACUAACAAACUAACAAAAAAACAAAAUGAAUAACAAUUCAAUAUACUUAAAAGUCUAAAAUAGUAAAAUUUGUUGAAAAACUGCACAAUCCCAAAAAAAUAUGAAUAAAUCUUUGCUAUAAAAACUUCAGUCAUUGUGCUCCAGGCAUUAACCACUUGCUUACUGGGCACAUAAACCCCCUUCGUUCCCAGGCGAAAUUUCAGGUUCCGGCACUGCGUC